AGUCGUUGCUAUUUUCGACAGGAUUCACUCAACAGAGCAAAAGAAACUGAUCCCAAUCAACAAACGCCACAUACUUUCUGGAAGAUGAUGAAGCCCUUCAGUUUGUCUGUUGCAGUGAUCAUCAUGCUUGCCUUCCUUUUUAUUCAGGAGGGUUCCACCAUCUCUCUUGAUAAUAGGGAGCCUGACCAGCAUAUGGUGGAAACAAGAGAUGACACAGCUGCUGACAUCCCAGUGGACUUAUGGAAGGUGGCAGACAACAAGAGGCAGAAACGCCAUAGUGGAGCUUGCAAAGUUUGCUGCAACUGCUGCGGUCAAACACAUUUCUGUGGUUUGUGCUGCGAAUGGUGAUCAAAGAAUCAUCUGGAUUGUCACAUCAAUCGAAACUAUUCCUUUGUUCAUUUUUAUUUGGUGUGUAAGCAAUUGCAUUUGGUAGAAUUGAAAAUAUGCUUGCAUACUUUGUGUUAUGACGCUUAGGACAGACAAAAAAAACUGAAAUGUCUCUUUACACAAUAAAUACCAAUAAACAACA